AUGGCUUUCUCUGGUGCACUCACGCUAACCGACCUCAAUGACUUUAUUACGCCGUCUCAGGCCUGCAUCAAGCCAGUGGAGCAAAUAAAUCGAAGUCAAACGCCAGAUGCAGCUGCCGCUUCGACAGAGAUCCGCAUAGAUUCAAGCGGGGGCUACCAUGAGGUUGCUGUGAAUGGACUUGAUAGAAAUGAGCCUUCGCGCACGGACAGAAAGCUGGAACAGGCGCAGAUUAAUCUUAAUGACUGCCUGGCGUGCAGCGGAUGCAUUACUUCUGCGGAAUCCGUACUGAUAACACUGCAAUCCCAUGUAGAGGUACUAAAUGUACUCGAAACUAAUACCGACAAAGUACCCGUUAUAUCGAUUUCACCUCAGUCACUCGCAUCACUCGCAGCCUCCAUAUCCACCCCAUCUUCUCCCAUCACUCCACGGCAAGUCCUGCGACGGAUACAGACAUUCUGCCUCAACGUCCUCGGCUUUUCGCAUGUGUUCGACACGACCUUCGCAAGGCAUAUGGCGUUACAGGAGCAUAUCCGCGAGUUCUUAGAGCGAAGGAAGGAUGCAAAGCUCCCUAUGCUGGCCAGUGCAUGCCCGGGCUGGAUAUGCUACGCAGAGAAAACUCACGCCGAAAUGCUGCCGUUCAUCGCAUCUACGAAAAGCCCGCAACAAAUCAUGGGCACCUUGGUGAAAAAUUGGAUGGGCAUGAAGUGGAAAAAACUGCCCCACGAGAUAUAUCAUGUCUCUGUCAUGCCUUGCUAUGAUAAGAAGUUAGAGGCGUCACGUCAAGAUUUUUACAACGACGUAUAUUCGACACGGGACGUAGAUUGUGUCAUCACCACGGGGGAACUAGAACUCAUGAUGCGAGAGAAGAACUUCGACCUCGCCGAAUUUGUACCGGGCGAGUUAGAUCAUCACCCUGACUCCUCCGAAGACGCCUAUUUCCCUGAACUAAUCACCCACCCGGGAUCGUCAUCAGGUUCAUACCUACAAGCUAUCCUCGACUACAUUCGACAGACUUCGCCGGUCCCGCUCACCCUAUCCGCGCAGACCAUGCGUAAUGCUGAUUACGAGGAAUACAUCCUCCGUAAACCUAAUGAAGGAGAGAUCGUGUUCAAAGGUGCCAAGUGUUACGGAUUCCGAAAUUUGCAAAACGUUGUUAGGAAGGUUGGUAAGGAGAGCGGUGUCAGAGUCGGUUCAGGCGCAGCUGGCAGGCUAGCUGGGCCACGGCGGGGUGCGGCACUUCGGCGUGGUGUCAAGGGAAACGCCACUAGUUCUGGAGGCCAAGAUUCGCGGUACGAUUAUGUCGAGGUCAUGGCAUGCCCAGGCGGGUGCGUCAACGGGGGAGGGCAGCUGAAAUCGAGAUACACUCCCCGUGUCCCUACAGGGCGUGAAAAGGAUGCCGAGGGGUUUCCACGAGACUGGACGGAGAGUGGAGUGGCGACGAGCACCACCAGCUCUGAAUUCGACCCGACAUCCGGUAUCGCUGCCAAAUGGGGGGACAAAGAGUGGACCAGGCAGGUUGAAGCAUCGUACUGGUUAGGCGUGGAUUCUACGCUUUCGUUAUCGACUUCGAGCCUAGAACCUUCCGUGCCUAAUCCUCCUGAUCAUGAUCGUCUGUCGUCAUCAUCCACUCCAAAUUUGAAACUUGCCCAGCUCAGAAGGUACUACCAGGGGGCCAAUAUGCUGAGCCGAAGGGUGCUACUAGACCUUUGUUAUCAGCCAGCUUCUGGACCUCGAGACACCGCAGCAGAUACAGGAGCUACUACGCUCAAUGGUUUCAUAAAGAACGCCGAUGACAGUUGUGUUCAAGAACGUCGGGCCGGCGCAGGGGCUGCAGACGAGCCAUGUGACUCUGCACGUCUUCCUAUCGAUUUUGAUUGGACUUUUCAUGAUGUGGAUACUAAAGACGGAAUGAUGGGUUGUUUGGUGGAAUGGCAUGGUAAUAAAGUAGCGGAAGAGACUCGGAAGCGGCUGUUCCGGACUCAGUAUCGGGCUGUUGAGAGCGAAGUGAUAGGAUUGGCCGUCAAGUGGUGA